AUGGGCAAAAACACGUCCCGCUUCACCACCCUCCGCUUCCACGCCAUCGGCUCCUGCCCACCCAACCCCACCUCCCUCGACGCCUCCACAGUCGACUUCCGCAUCUUCGCGCAAACCCGCGACGCCGACCUCGUGCGCCCCGACGUCCCCGACGCAUUCAACAGAUGGUGUCUCGAAGUCUUCCUGCAAUGCGCGCCAGGCCUCUCCCUGACCAACGACUUGCGCCAGGUAGUUCCGAAACCGUACUAUGAAUACUGGGUCGCGUUGCUGCCGCAGACGCAUCUGCCGUUGAGAGUGCAUAGUUUGUACGGGGAGAGGGAAGUGAAAGUGCUGGAGGCGCCGACGGCUACGAGGGAGUAUCCCCGACAGCAGCAUUCGUAUGAGACUUCUGAUCCCGUUGAUCUUUCGGCGUUUGGUCCGACGGCGCAGGCGCCGCUGGGCGCCAUAGUGGCUGGCCGUUCCGGGGACAAGGCUGCGGAUUGCAAUUGUGGGUUUUUUGUCAGACACGAGGAUGAGUGGGAUUGGCUACGCAGUUUCUUGACGAUUGAUCGGAUAAAGGCGUUGUUGGGACCGGAAGAAUACAAGGGAGGGAGGAUUGAUCGGUUUGAGAUUGCGGGGAUUUGGGCGGUGCAUUUUUUGUUGCAUGAGCAGUUGGAUCGCGGGUAUAAUGCUAGUUCUGAGAUUGAUACGUUGGGCAAGAAUGCGAUGGAGUAUAUGCGGGCCAAGACGGUGGAGAUUCCGACAAAGUUUUUGGAGAGGGGAUGGAUUUGA